AUGAGAGCCCGCGCACUAGGCAGCUACGGCUGCCUUGCUGCGGCAGCCAGAGCGAGUGUAGGCGAAUGUUAUCAGGGUGGGUACGGAGCAGGUGGACAACCCAACCAGUUGGAGAUCGGCCAUGGGCCCUACCCUUCUAUAGGCGCAGGAGGAACAGUGUCACCGCAAGUGCAGCAGUGGUUCCAAGCUGUUGACAAGGACCACUCUGGCUUCAUAACCGCGCAAGAAUUGAGAGCGGCCUUGGUAAAUGCUCAAGGGAAAACUUUUUCGGAAACCGCCUGCAAUCUUAUGAUUGGCAUGUUCGAUAAAGAUCGCUCAGGCCACAUUAAUGUGGAGGAAUUUGAUAAAUUGUAUACAUACGUUAAUCAAUGGCUCGCGGUGUUUAAGACAUACGACACUGACCAGUCCGGGCACAUUGAGGAAGAGGAAUUAUCAAAAGCAUUGACACAGAUGGGAUUCAGAUUCUCGCCGGACUUUAUCAAGUUUCUUGUAAAGAGAUGUGAUCCCAGAGAGGGAAAGGUAUCUGUGGACAGCUUUAUAGUCCUUUGUGUUCAAGUACAACGAUUCACUGAAGCAUUUAGAGUGAGGGAUACUCAACAAAAUGGAACAGUUACAAUUGGCUUUGAAGAUUUUCUCAAUGUUGCUCUCAGCUGCUCUAUA